AUGGCGGCCAACAACGGCAACGGCUCUUCAGCCGACAAGCUUGUCGACACACCUGCCGACUCGACGACCAGCCGCUUCCCCAAACCCGGCGAUUACACUCACUUCAAUGCCCUUGCUCCCGGUGGCGCCCUUAACCGCUGGUCUCAGAAUCUGACCCGUGGCCAUGACCACCCGGGCGCCCAGGCCAUGCUCUACGCCGCCGGCGUGCCAAACCGCGACAUGAUGAAGAAUGCACCGCAUGUUGGUAUCGCGACUGUCUGGUGGGAAGGCAACCCGUGCAACACCCACCUCCUCGAACUCGGCAAGAUCGUCAAAAAGGGUGUCGAGAAGCAGGGCAUGCUCGCCUGGCAGUACAAUACCGUCGGCGUGUCUGACGGCAUCACCAUGGGCGGCGAGGGAAUGCGUUUCUCUCUGCUGACCCGUGAGAUCAUUGCCGAUAGCAUUGAGACCGUCACUUCGGCCCAGCAUCACGACGCCAACGUCAGCAUCCCUGGCUGCGACAAGAACAUGCCAGGCGUCAUCAUCUCCGCAGCCCGCCAUAACCGCCCCUUCAUCAUGAUCUACGGCGGCACCAUCCUCAAGGGCCACUCGUCCUUGCUUGACAAAGAAAUCAACAUUAGCACCUGCUAUGAGGCUGCCGGCGCCUACAACUAUGACCGGCUGCACGCCGCCCCGGGCUGCAAGGUCAAGCAUCCGUCUGCCAACGGCAAAGACGUCUCGGUGGAUCCCACGCCCUCUGAUGUCCUCGAGGACAUUGAACGCCACGCCUGCCCUGGCGUCGGCGCCUGCGGUGGUAUGUAUACGGCCAAUACCAUGGCCACGGCCAUCGAGGCCAUGGGCCUGUGCCUGCCGGGCAGCUCAUCCUUCCCGGCCGUGUCACCCGAGAAGGCCCGCGAAUGCGAGAACGUCGCCGCCGCCAUCAAGGUCGUCAUGGAGCGUGACAUCCGCCCGCGCGACCUGCUGACCCGUGCCUCUUUUGAGAACGCCCUGUCCAUCACCAUGGCCCUCGGCGGCAGCACCAACGGCGUCCUGCACUUCCUGGCGAUGGCCAGUGCCGCCGACGUUGCUCUGACCAUUGACGACAUUGACCGCUCUUCCAACCGCGUGCCAUUCAUUGCUGAUCUUGCCCCCUCCGGAAAGUACUACAUGGAGGAUUUGUACAAGAUAGGCGGCACGCCCUCCGUUCUCAAACUUCUCAUUGCCGCUGGCAUCGUCGAUGGCUCCAUCCUCACCGUGACAGGCAAGACCUUGGCCGAGAACUGCGCCGCCUGGCCUUCGCUCGACCCAGGCCAGACUAUCAUUCGCCCGCUAUCCGACCCUAUCAAAUCCACCGGUCAUAUCCGCAUUUUGCGCGGCAACCUUGCUCCUGGUGGCGCUGUCGCCAAGAUCACUGGCAAGGAGGGUCUGCGCUUUACCGGCACAGCUCGCGUCUUUGACAAAGAGCACGAACUUAACACUGCACUAGCCCAGGGCCGCAUUCGCGCCGACAUGGGUAACCUGGUCCUCAUUGUCCGUUACGAGGGCCCCCGCGGCGGGCCCGGUAUGCCUGAGCAGCUCAGCGCCAGUGCCGCCAUCAUUGGUGCCGGACUAACCAAUGUUGCUCUCGUCACCGAUGGCCGCUACAGUGGCGCCUCCCACGGCUUCAUUGUUGGCCACGUCGUCCCCGAAGCCGCCACUGGUGGCCCUAUUGGCCUGGUCCGCAACGGCGACCUGGUGCGCAUUGAUGCCGUCAGGAACCGCAUCGAUGUCGUCGCCACCGUUGACGUCCGCGAGGAGCGCGGCUCGCUCGCCUCGGUCGGCAACACCGACGACAACAACGAGGAGGACGAAGACCCCGAGGCUGUCCUUAAGACCCUGCGCGCCCGCCGUGAUCAGUGGACACCCAAGCCACUAAUCCCUGCCCGUGGCGUGUUGGCCAAGUACGCCCGUUUGGUUGGCGAUGCGAGCCACGGUGCCGUCACCGACCUGGCUCCCAGCAACAGCCUCUCGGACUGGUAA